AUGUCCACCCGAGUUCCAAUCGAACCCCAGCGCGUCGACGCACCAUUGACCUCCUCAGCAACCUUCCUCGUGGUAACAGCAACCAACAAACCUGACUCCCUCAACAACAUCCGCUCAACCCUCGCAGGCCUAGACGGCCUCGCCAAAAACGUCUCAAUCCGCGACCUAAACGGCCAAUUCGCCUGCACAGUAGGCAUAGGCAGCGCCAUCUGGGACAAACUAACCAACCUCCCCCGACCAAAAGAACUCCACCCCUUCAACCCGAUCAAAGGAUCCAAACACAUAGCCCCCUCCACACCGGGUGAUCUUCUCUUCCACAUCCGCGCUGAACGGCGAGAUCUAAGCUUUGAGUUCGAGCGCCAGUUAAUGGAUCAAUUGGGGGAUUCGGUGUCUGUUGUUGAUGACACGGUCGGAUUUCGCUACUUUGAUGUACGUGAUCUGCUCGGGUUCGUAGAUGGGACUGCCAAUCCUGUUGGUCCGGCUGUGCCGGACUCGGUGCUUAUUGCGGAAGAGGAUGCGUCGGCAAGUGGUGGGAGUUAUAUUGUUGUGCAGAAGUAUACACAUGAUCUUGAGGCUUGGAAGGGACUUUCGGUGGAGAUGCAGGAGAAGAUCAUUGGACGGACCAAGUUCGAUAAUGUGGAGUUGGAUGAUGCUGAGGAAGGACAGAGGUCUCACAAGACUCUUAAUACUAUUGAGGAUAAGGAAGGGAAUGAGCAUGAUAUUCUAAGGGAUAAUAUGCCCUUUGGGUCACCAGGAAAGGGGGAGUUUGGGACCUAUUUCAUUGGAUAUACAAGAAGGUUGUGGGUGAUUGAAAAGAUGUUGGAGAGAAUGUUUAUCGGUGAUCCUCCCGGUCUACAUGAUCGGAUUUUGGAUUUCUCAACUCCUUUGACUGGGACGACGUUCUUUGCACCGUCAGCUACUUUGUUGGCGACUUUGGACGACUAA